AAUAUGAAUUUGUUGUGCUUCUUGUCCAUGGCAUUACAUGGUUAUUUGUAAGUUCAUUCAUUAGCCUAUGCAAGCAACAAACUUUCCUUAUAGUGAAGAUUUAUUCAAUCAUUGCAUUCUUGUUAGCAAUGUUUCUUUGCAUAACAUCUAUGUGGAAAUUUGACAAUGUAAUAGAUAGUACUAAAGUGAUUUUAAAUGCACUAUCUUUUCUUGGAGCAAUGCUUUUGCUCUGCACUGGAUUUAUUAAGGAAAGUGAAUAUGAUGAGACAUUUUAUAAGCCUUUACAAGAAUUUGAAGAUGGAAUUAUUACUCCAUUUGCAAAUGCUGGAUUUCUUGGAAAAUUGUCAUUUAGGUGGUUGAAUCCAUUAAUGAAGAAAGGUAAAAGUAAGAUUCUAGAGGACGAAGACGUUCCUCAUCUAAGAUCAGCCAAUGGAGCAGGAACAUGUUUUGACUUGUUCAAUGAGAAAAUGGAUAUACUAAAAAGAAAAGAACCUUUAGGAAAACCUUCUAUAUUAAUGGCAAUACUCCUCUGCCACAAAAGAUCCAUCCUGAUAUCGGGGGUGUUUGCUCUAAUUAAGAUCUUAAUGCUGACAACAGGACCGUUGUUUCUUCAUACCUUCAUCGAGGUUGCUGAGGGAAGAGAAUCCUUUAAGUAUGAGGGAUUUGCUCUAACAGCUGGCUUUUUCCUUGCGAAAUGCUUGGAAUCUCUAGCGGAGAGGCAAUGGCUCUUCAGAAGUAGACUGAUUGGACUACAAGUAAAAUCUUCAUUGACUGCAGCUAUCUUUCACAAACAACUUCAUGUCUUAAAUGCUGCCAAGAAAACUCAUUCCCCUGGCCAGAUAAUGAACUAUGUCACUGUAGAUGCUCAUAAAAUAGGUGAAUUCCCCUUUUGGUUUCAUCAGAUAUGGACGACAAUUCUUCAGCUCGUCCUAGUGUUAUGUGUAAUGUACUAUUCUAUAGGAGUAGCUGCAUCAGCAGCAUUAGUGAUUAUAAUAUUAACUGUACUAGUUAAUUCCCCAUUAGCCAAGUUGCAGCUUAAAUAUCAGACUAACCUCAUGAUAGCACAAGAUAAAAGGCUAAAUGCCAUCACAGAAGCACUUGCACAUAUGAAGGUUCUCAAGUUAUAUUCUUGGGAAAAGCAUUUCAUGGACGCGAUAAGCAAGUUGAGAUCAGAAGAAACCAAGUGGCUAUCAUCUGUUCAAGCACAAAGAGGAUACUACCUCCUCCUGUUCUGGUCAUCUCCUAUUCUGGUCUCAUCUGCAACUUUUGUAGCUUGCUACUUGUUUGGAGUUCCUCUUAAUGUCAGCAAUGUUUUCACAUUUCUAGCCUCCAUAAAGCUUGUUCAAGCUCCCAUUAGAAGUCUCCCUGAUGUUGUUGGGGCGUUUAUUGAAGCAAAGGUUUCGCUGUCGAGGAUUGUGAAAUUUCUUGAGGAACCUGACAUGCACACAAGGGAUAUGAAGAAGCAAAGGCAAGAUGAUGUGAACAUUUAUAUAAACUGCACUGAUGUUUCUUGGGAGAUGAAUACUUUAAAGCCUACUUUGGAGGACAUAAAUCUCAAUAUUAAAGAUGGUGAAAAAGUGGCUGUAUGUGGUGAAGUUGGCUCAGGGAAAUCUACCCUCUUGUCUCUGAUUCUUGGAGAAGUUCCAUACAUCAAUGGCACAGUUGAUGUUUAUGGAAAGAUAGCGUAUGUUUCUCAGACAGCAUGGAUUCAGACAGGGACCAUACAAGAAAACAUUCUAUUUGGAUCUAAUAUGGAACCACAAAGGUAUCGGCAAGCUAUAGAAAGGAGUUCACUAGUGAAAGACUUGGAGAUGCUUCCAUUUGGUGAUCUUACUGAGAUAGGAGAAAGAGGUAACAAUUUGAGUGGAGGGCAAAAGCAAAGGAUUCAACUAGCUCGUGCCCUCUAUCAGGAUGCAGAUAUUUACCUCUUGGAUGAUCCAUUUAGUGCUGUAGACGCACAUACCUCGACUAAUCUAUUUAAUGAUUAUGUUAUGGGAGCUCUAUCAGGAAAAACUGUGUUGCUGGUAACACACCAAGUUGAAUUUCUUCCAGCAUUUGAUUCUAUUUUGCUACUAUCUAAUGGGAAGAUCAUGAAAUCUGGUGCGUUUGAUAAAUUGCUAUCAAAGAGUAAGGAAUUUCAGGACCUUAGUGAUAAUAAUGUUUCUUCCGAGGAACGUGAUGAUGUAGUUUCUUUAGAAGGAGAUCAAUUAAUCAAAGCAGAAGAACGAGAAGUAGGAGAUGCUGGAUUGAAGCCAUACAAACAAUAUCUAAAGCAUUACAAAGGAUUCUUGUAUUUCUCCUUGGCAGCCAUCGCACACACAAUGUUUGUAGUUGGUCAGUAUAUACAGAGUUACAAGUUGGCUAUUGACCUUCAAGAUUCCAGUGUGUCUUCGGAUUUGAGCAUUGUUGACAUUGGGUUGGCUUUCUUAAUAAACUUUACUGUUGGAUCAAUCAUUAUUCUAUACUCUACCUAUGUCAUCCUGUGUAUUUUCGCUCCAGAGGUCCUUCUGGUUAUCGUGCUUAUGAUUCACGUAACUAUACUAGUUCAGAGAUACUACAAUGCUUCUGCUAAAGAACUGAUGAGAUUAAAUGGAACGACAAAGUCUUUAGUCGCCAAUCAUUUAGCUGAAAGCAUUUCUGGGAUAAUGACUAUUCGAGCUUUUGGACAGGAAGGCCGUUUCUUUUUGAAGAACUUAGAGUUUAUUGAUAAAAAUGCUAGGCCAAUUUUCCAUACUUUUUCAGCAACUGAAUGGUUAAUUCUACGUUUGGAAAUAAUAUGCACGAUUAUCAUGUCGUCAUGGAUGCUUGGCAUGACUUGGCUUCACAGAGGGAGUUCUAUAUCCGGACUUACUGGAAUGGCAUUCUCCUAUGGCUUAUCACUAAAUGCAACUCUUGUUUUGUGUGUUCAAUGGCAAUGCACGAUAUCGAAUUCUAUAAUCUCUAUAGAAAGACUAGAACAAUACAUGAGAAUACCUAGUGAAGAAUCUGAAAUACUGCAAAUAAACAGCCCUUUACCUUGUUGGCCUACGCGUGGCAAAGUGGAAAUUCGCGACUUAAAGGUGAGGUACAGGCCAAAUGCUCCAUUAGUUCUUCAAGGUAUUAGUUGUACAUUUGAAGGGGGACAAAAGAUUGGAGUUGUAGGCAGAACAGGCAGUGGGAAAACAACUCUGAUCAGUGCAUUGUUUCGCUUAGUUGAGCCUACAGAUGGAAAGAUCAUCAUCGAUGAAUGUGAUAUUUCAACGAUUAGGCUUCAUGACCUUAGGUCGCGUAUUGGAAUCAUUCCACAAGAUCCUACACUCUUUACAGGUUCUGUAAGAUACAAUUUAGAUCCCUUAUCAAAAUAUAGUGAUGACCAGAUAUGGGAAGUUCUUGAUAAGUGUCAGCUUAGAGAGGCUGUCCAAGAAAAAGAAGGGGGACUAGAUUCCUCUGUUCUACAAGAUGGAUCAAACUGGAGCAUGGGACAGAGACAAUUGUUCUGUCUGGGACGCGCACUGUUGAAGAGAAGUCGAAUUCUAGUGUUAGAUGAAGCCACUGCAUCCAUUGACAAUGCCACAGAUGCAAUUCUGCAAAAAACAAUCAGGCUAGAAUUUGCAGACUGCACAGUUAUAACAGUUGCUCACAGAAUUCCAACAGUAAUGGACUACACUAAAGUUUUAGCAAUAAGUGAUGGGAAUUUGGUUGAGUUUGAUGAGCCAAAGAAGCUGAUAAACAAAGAGGGUUCAUUAUUUGGAAUGCUUGUUAACGAGUACUGGGCUCGUACACAAAAGUGAAAGCACUA